ACCAGAGCGCGAGAGAGCGAGUGGAGGCAGAAUUUAAAAAUAAACCGGCCUCUCCGCCCUCCGCACCCGUUCGCCGCCGCCGCGCCCCCUCCCCUAGCCCGCGCCCUCGAAGUCCCCGUCUGGGUCUGCGCGCCCACCCCGUCGUCCCGCGCGGCCCCUUUAAGGAAAGAGAACGAGAGAGUGAGUGAGAGAGAAUCCCAACUCUCCCCCUCCCCUCCCCUCCCUCCUACCCCCUCCUCCCUCCCCUCUCCCCUCCCCCCCCUCCCCGGGCGGCUCCGGCUCCCGCAGCGGGACCGACCCACCCGCCCAGGCUUUUAUCCGGCAUCGGCAGCGUCUUCCUUCCCUCCCCGGUCUAUGGUGGCGGCGGCAGCGGAAGACGAGGCUGCGGCGUUGCCAUGAACAGUGGCGGCGGCCUCCCGCCCCCCUCGGCCGCCGCCUCCCCUUCCUCCUCCUCGCUGGCGGCGGCAGUGGCGGUGGUGGCCCCGCCGGGGGUCGGGGGUGUCCCCGGCGGGGCGGCGGCGGGAGUGAAGCUGAAGUACUGCCGCUACUACGCUAAAGACAAGACUUGCUUCUACGGGGAGGAGUGUCAGUUCCUGCAUGAGGACCCGGCCGCCGGAGCUGCCCCAGGCCUGGGCCUCCAUAGCAACAGCGUCCCCCUGGCUCUGGCGGGCGCUCCCGUGGCCGGCUUUCCGCCCGGAGCGGUCCCGGGCGGGGGAGCCGGGCCGCCCCCGGGGCCAAAGAAGCCAGACCUGGGGGGCCCCGGGCCAGGAGUCGCAGCCAGCGGAGGAGGCAGCAGCGGAGUACUCGACGGACCGCGGUUGGCAAUUCCUGGAAUAGAUGGAGGUGCUUUAACUGAUACAAGUCUCACAGAUUCCUAUUUCAGCACCAGCUUUAUUGGAGUAAAUGGAUUUGGAAGCCCUGUAGAAACAAAGUAUCCCUUAAUGCAGAGAAUGACUAAUAGUAGCAGCUCCCCAAGCCUUCUAAAUGACAGUGCCAAGCCAUAUGCAGGCCAUGAUCCUCUAACUUCACCUGCUUCAUCUUUGUUUAAUGACUUUGGUGCCCUCAACAUCUCUCAGAGAAGAAAGCCAAGGAAGUAUCGCCUGGGCAUGCUGGAGGAGAGGCUAGUUCCGAUGGGAUCAAAGGCACGAAAAGCAAAGAACCCUAUUGGCUGCCUUGCUGACAGGUGUAAAUCAGGAGUACCAAUCAAUAUGGUUUGGUGGAACAGAGUCACAGAAAACAAUUUACAGACACCAAAUCCUACUGCAAGCGAGUUUAUUCCUAAAGGAGGAUCAACCUCCAGGCUGAGUAACGUGUCCCAGUCAAAUAUGUCUGCCUUCUCUCAAGUUUUCUCUCACCCAUCCAUGGGAAGUCCUGCUGCUGCUGGAUUAGCACCAGGAAUGUCAUUGUCUGCUGGAUCUUCCCCUCUUCAUUCCCCCAAGAUCACUCCACAUACUUCUCCUGCUCCCAGAAGAAGAAGUCACACUCCAAAUCCAGCAAAUUACAUGGUGCCUUCUAGUGCCUCUACACCUGUUAAUAAUCCUGUUUCUCAGACUCCAUCUUCUGGUCAGGUGAUCCAAAAGGAAACUGUCGGUGGGACGACUUACUUCUACACAGACACAACUCCAGCACCUUUGACUGGAAUGAGAUCUUUCAAAAAUUAUCACAGAACAGCUUGCCGAACAGAAGGUCAAAUAAUUGAGGUAUUUCCAAACUAUCAUAUUUAUCCUCCAACUGCACCUCAUGUUGCUUAUAUGCAACCAAAAGCAAAUGCACCUUCCUUCUUCAUGGCUGAUGAACUCCGACAGGAGCUGAUUAACAGACAUUUAAUAACAAUGGCUCAAAUUGAUCAAGCAGAUAUGCCAGCAGUCCCUACAGAAGUUGACAGCUACCAUAGCCUGUUCCCUCUAGAACCACUGCCACCACCCAACCGGAUACAGAAAUCAAGUAAUUUUGGAUAUAUUACAUCUUGCUACAAAGCUGUAAAUAGCAAAGAUGAUCUGCCAUAUUGCCUUCGGAGGAUACAUGGUUUUCGUCUUGUUAACACAAAGUGCAUGGUGUUGGUCGAUAUGUGGAAAAAAAUUCAGCACUCAAAUAUUGUAACCUUGCGUGAAGUAUUUACCACUAAAGCAUUUGCGGAGCCUUCUCUUGUGUUUGCAUAUGAUUUCCAUGCCGGAGGAGAAACUAUGAUGAGCAGACAUUUCAAUGACCCUAAUGCUGAUGCCUAUUUCACAAAGCGAAAGUGGGGUCAACAUGAUGGACCAUUGCCCAGACAGCAUGCUGGAUUAUUGCCAGAAUCUCUUAUUUGGGCAUAUAUUGUCCAACUGAGUUCUGCAUUGCGUACCAUUCAUACAGCAGGUUUGGCAUGUCGAGUUAUGGACCCAACAAAGAUUCUGAUAACUGGCAAAACGAGGUUGCGAGUAAAUUGUGUUGGAGUUUUUGAUGUUUUAACAUUUGAUAACAGUCAGAAUAAUAAUCCAUUGGCAUUAAUGGCUCAAUAUCAGCAAGCAGAUCUGAUAUCAUUAGGAAAAGUUGUGUUGGCUUUGGCUUGCAACUCUUUGGCAGGAAUUCAGCGAGAGAAUUUACAGAAAGCCAUGGAACUGGUGACAAUCAACUACUCCUCUGACCUGAAGAAUCUGAUUUUGUAUUUGUUGACUGACCAAAACAGGAUGCGAAGUGUAAAUGACAUCAUGCCCAUGAUUGGUGCUCGAUUUUAUACUCAAUUGGAUGCUGCUCAAAUGAGAAAUGAUGUCAUAGAGGAAGACCUUGCAAAGGAGGUUCAAAAUGGAAGACUGUUUAGGCUUCUAGCAAAAUUGGGAACAAUCAAUGAGAGGCCGGAGUUUCAGAAGGAUCCUACCUGGUCAGAGACUGGAGACCGUUAUCUGUUGAAACUUUUUAGGGAUCAUCUUUUUCAUCAGGUGACAGAAGCAGGUGCUCCUUGGAUUGACCUCAGUCAUAUCAUUUCUUGUCUUAACAAGUUAGAUGCUGGUGUGCCAGAAAAAAUAAGCCUCAUUUCCAGAGAUGAAAAGAGUGUACUUGUGGUGACUUACAGUGACUUAAAGCGCUGCUUUGAGAAUACUUUUCAAGAACUGAUUGCAGCUGCAAAUGGUCAGUUGUAGUAGUUGCUCAGAAAGCACGCAGGACAUGGCUGAGGAACUAACCAAUAGCAAAUUGCACUACAGCUGAACUGUUUUCAUCAUCUCAUUUCACAACUGGGAAACAAACAGGAGAUGAGCAAAGCUGCUUGCACUUCAGUCAGGUACACUGUUACUUGAAAGGAAGAAUGUUUCACUUCGCCUAGAGCUGUGGCUGCUGUUGGGGCCAUAUCUGUGAAGAAUUUAUUUUAGAUUAAGGAGCACCAUUAGGUGAAUGAUGUUCCGGCUUUUGUUUUUUCCACUUGUAUAUGCACUAAUUUUAAUUUUUUAAAGACUUUUUUCUGAUCUUUGAACUUUUGCCACGUUGUAUACUUAUUAAGGGAAACUAUUUGCAAGGACAUUUUUGGGAAACAAUGCUGGGCAGCAUUUUUGUCACUGAGGGUUGCAGAAUUUGCUCUUUUGAGGGUAGGUUGCCCUGAAUAACAUAAUGGACCAGGUAAAUAAUUUAUAGAAGUGCAGUAUAGUGCGUAAUUCUUCUAAGAGUAUUGUAUGCAAGCUCUGUAUGCCACCCACUGUUAGUUCAAAUUGAGAUUUGUUUUGUUUUGUUUUUAAGAACACACAAAGAGAAAUAUCAGUGAAUUGUUGGAUAUGAAUUCCCCUAUUAGUUGAUUUAAAUCCUUUCUGAAUAAGAGUGGAUAAACAGUAACUGAAGGAGCACAUAGAGCUCUAUGCUCCAAAUUCAACCAGAGCCUUUUUUUGAAAAGGUGUUUCCCUGCUAGUCAGUUACAUUUACAUUUAUGCAGUUUUUUAAUAGAAAAAAAAUUAAGAAGUUGUGUUAAAGGCCUGAAGUUCAGGAGUAUAUUGCUUUAGGUUAUUUCCAGUUUGCUUUUUUGUAUAAAGUUCUGUUCUUUGAACCACAGCUUUAUUAUGGUACUUUACACUGGAUACAGACACAAAGACACUGUUGAGAAGAUGAACUAAACACAGCAGUGGUCUGGCAUCAAGAGCUUUCUGAACUUUUACAGCCUGAAUCUGGAGGGAUAACAAUCUGCUGUGCCUUUGCAGUCACUGCUUAGCCCAAAGUAAUAGUACUUUUGAUAAUAACUAUGUGGGAUAUUCCUGAAUAAGUCAGUCUCAAAAGUUGGGAAUUUUCAUCCUCUUAACUUUCUUAAUAUUUGGACGUGCAGUUGUCGCCAAACUUGGGUAUUCAUGGAAUUUCUAGUUAAUGAAAUACCUAUACUUUGAUACUGAAGACUGCCAAAUACAUAGGAAUUUUCUUUCAUAAAAACAGUAAUGAAGACUAUAUCUCCUUUCCCAGCACUGAAUGUUUUACUAGCACUGGGUGCUCACCAUGCAACUAUGAAGAAAAUGUGGAAACUCAGAAGGUCAGGAAAGACUUCCAAGCACUUGCAACUGAUGUUACAGUCUUCAAUUUUAAUAAUUACACAUAUUUGUAGUUUUCAGAGAAGUUUUUAAUAUUUCUCUGUCCACUUUUUAUAAGCUUUAAAAUGAUUUUCUCUGCCUUGAGAUUUGCAUCAAGAAAAAGCACCUCUCUUCACCUGAAAGCUUUGAAGACUAGAGACAUGCUUUACAUGUUUUAACAAGUGUAUUUUGAGUCCACGUUUAGUAGCAUCAGUUGUUGAGUUAAAAAGAAAAUCAAUUAUUGCAUUUGAUCUGGAUGGAUUUUAAAAGGACAUAAUGUUCACUAUUCAAAGGAUAAUUAACAUUUGCCACCAUAAUGUUCUUUUUUAUGAAAGGAACAAGAACUUGGAGACAUUAACAUGCAGAAGUCUUUUAUCAUUAGCUCAUGUAUUUGAGGAAGAGCAGCUGUCUUUUUAUAUGUUUUUUGACAAAUCAUAUUGUAAUUCUUUUGUACAAAAAAGAACUACUUGUAUUCUAGAAGAAAUAUGAAAUGCUUAAUUUAUAAGCGGGCUGGAGAUUUUUUCCAAUAUUGUUUUCAUUGAAAAUGAAAGGGGAUCAUCUAUUUUAGUUUGGGGGUCUGGGAACCUUUUCAAAAUUUAAUUUGUGGACCAAUGUUUUGUGAAAGCAAAGGAAGGGCAGGGGUAAAAUAGGGCUUGAAUUUCUCAUUCUGUAUAGACCAGCAAACUUCCCUCUGCAAGGCAGGUUCAAAUCACAAACCCAAGAAUGUUUUCAUAGUUUGCUUCAGCCCCUAGUAACCUCAGGACUUGGUUUGAAUAUAAAAGGUAGACAGCUGAUAUGUUUUCAUGGGUAAAUAUUGUCAGCCAGAAAACAGUUGGUGUCAGGUAAUACAUAUUUUUUUUAAGCUUUGUUUUAUAUUUAUUUUUCCUUUAGUUUUUAUUGGGAAUGGUUUCAAUAGAACUCAUUUCUGCUUAGGUGUUUUUUGGGGGAGCCCUCUUUUACAUAGUGUAUUCCAUUUAAGAGGUUGUCUAAAAGUCUUUUUAAUUCAUAGGAAGAUUUUAAUAUCUGAGAAUUGUCAAAUUAAGGAUAUAAACUUCUCAUUCCUUCCUGUUAUGACACACAAAAGCACAGAAAGGACAACUCUUGAAAUCAUGUAAUGUGUUGGUCAUUUCAACUUUUUGUACCCAUUUUAAAUUCUGUCAGUGUAUUUACUUCAUUGUAAAUAUUUUUGAGGGUACCUUUGUAUUUUGCUUUUGACCUUGGUUCUGUGAUUUGGAUGUCAACAACUUCCCUAAAAAGCACCAGUAUGUUAAGUUCGAAUGUCAUGAUCCCAAUAUGGGUUAUUCAUGUUUAAUCCUGUUUUCAGUCUCUAUGUGUACAGCAGUAUUUUUAAUAAAGAAUUACAGAGAGUA